AAAUUUCAUGUUGAUUCUGUGCACUCUUGUACAGGUUCAUUCAGGUAGCUCUGUUUGAGCAGCUUAGAGCCCAGCUGAAUGGUGGUUAUCUUUUGUGCGCUUUGGAAAAACAACUGUGUUAUAACUUGUUGUAGACUUACAUAUUCAAACUCAUGAAAACACUGGUUUUUAUAAGCGAUAAAAUAGUCAUACAGAGACAUGUGGAGCACAUGUGUAUGCAGACAUGAGGUAGUAUUUGAGCAUUCUGAGUGUCAGGUUUUGCAAACAAAGUUAAACUUGAAAUCAUUUAUUGUCUGGAACAGCCAAUGGCCCCCAUGAGAAAAACAAUGUUAUAAACAUACUAAACACCAUCUUAAUGAAAAUGUAAAAAAUGUUUGUGUGAGGGUUGGGUUGAGGGAUAGGGGAUAGAAAGUAUUUUUAACGUAUAAAAACAAUAGAGUUAAAAUAAAUAAAUUAAAAAAAAUGUGGAAAACAAGCAUAUGUGUGUAGGUACUGCAUAUAACAUUUUUUUUUAUUUUUUAUCUUUAAGCUGUCAAGCCGUCUUGGUCAGAAUGCAAAUGGGACAAAGGGAGAGGAAGAGGAUGGAAGAAAGUGUUGGACACCCACCAUAAAGAGGUUUUCUGUUUGUCCAAAAAGGUUUACUGGAUACGGUUAUAAGAAUAAUGAAGCCCCCAUAAUUUGUGGUUUGAUUGGCAUACAGGUGUAACUGUCAGUCACGAACAGAUGCUACUCACAUGGUUCACAAAGCACCUGCAAACUCACCAGCACUCACACACCUGUCUACAAAAAAAUAAAUAAAAUAAAAUACAAGCUUUGGACCCACACCUGAAAAUCCCACACCUAUAGAAGUUUGUGAAAUGCACACAUUGUAAAUUAUCAUAAUAAAGGUGUAAAGGCACACUGCCCCCUGUACUUGAUCUGUGACAUGAAAACAAGUACCUAAUUGUACACUCAAAAAAAUAGCUCUUUGUCUGAACUUGAUUUAUUCAUGGACAUUAGUUCCACAUGUUUGAAAUGAGUUUUCCUAACUUAAAAUGAAUAUGUAAUGUCAACAUAAACACUUUGUGUAGAAAGAACCUAGUUGAAUUGGGUAAACCCAAUAAAAUUAGACAUGUUAAUGUAACUCAAAUAAAUGUAUUUGAUUUAUUUACAUACUAACUAGUGAAAGUAAAUGUUAGCAUGCUAAAUACAUGCUGGUUGGAAGCACUAUAGAGUGUAGUUUAGUAACUAAGCCAGGGGUAGCACAGAAACUACUCAUUGAAGCGAGUAAUUAAUUUAAUGUGUGACGUCUACCUGUCCUCUUCACCAUAACAGAAACUCUUCUAAAUCUCAACAGAACAAAACACAGAAAAUAACACUUGAUUUUAACAUUUACUCUCCUUAUCAAGUCCCAGGCAAAGCAUGCUUGGAAAUGGAAAUCCCCUGUCCUGUUUAUUCAAUGCUACAUUAACACCACAAAAGUACUCAUGUUGUCCCAACUCAACUGGAUUAAGUAAACUCCCAUUUUACAAAUGUAAAUGGAUAGAACGCAAUGAAAUCAAGUUGUGACAAAAUGUUCUAGAAUUGUGUUGCUUUAGUUCAUUUUAAUUAAUUAAACGAGCAGCAAACAUCUUUUUUUUAUUGUACUGUCAGACAUUUAACAUAAAUGCACUCAGAAAACACACAUAUAAUUGGAAAAACACACAGUUUAACACCACUCACACAGAACAAUAACUGUUUCAGUUAAAACUAAUUAAAAAGUGCAUGCAGAGUUUUGCACUGCCAGUUACCACAAAAAAAAUCUCCCCCUCUGAUUUCCCUUGUUCCCAUGACCCAAGGAUGAAAGGGUUAAGGUCUUUUGCGACCACAAUAAAAGGCACAGAAAGUGUAAAGGUGUAAAGUGAAACUAUUAAGUCAUAGAAAGUGAUUCAUGGAACAAAGAUAGCAACAUUUGUGUGCACUUUUUCAAAGACUUGUUUAUUUGAAGAAGAAAAAAAUGUAUUAUAUAUAUAUAUAUAUAUAUAUUAGUAAUAAAUAAUUAAUAUUCUCUGAACAAUAACACGAGCCUCGAUUUCGUCCUCUUGCAACAAGUAAUCGCCUACGUAAAAUGCCACACCCCUACAACUGUUAUGUAAAUAAGCAAAGAGAAAGCUUUUGAGCAUUCAUUGGUCAGACUUGGAAUACAAUUAUACAGUUGGUGCAGCGUGGACAACAAGCUAUUGCUACUCAACAAGUGGUUCGUGGAAAGAGUUGAGUUGUGAGAGACAAAUAGCUGUGACUGAGUCACAUUUCGCGCACUUUUUACUAUAUCUUAGAAGAAGAAGAAAAAAAAACUAACUUUUAAUUCAAAGAAAUGUUAAUCAAAGAAAGAAAUUAAUGGUUCAUUCUGAAAUUCUUUUCUGAUAGCUGCUUUUUUGGCGUUUGACUUGGUCAGACAAUCCCGGCUGUAAAGAGUCUUCACCUGCAUUUGUUUGACCUGAUUAGACUAGUUUGGCCACUUUACGCAUUGAGACUCCACUGUGUAGCAUGAUGUACAGCAUGAUGGAGCAUGAACUGAAGACCGCGGGUCAACCCCAUUCUUUCCAGCACAGUCCAGGGAUGUCUCAUCCAGUCAGCGGGGUUGGUUCAAAAACGGCCUGUCCACCCGGCGGCGACCCCAUGGACAAAGUGAAGCGCCCCAUGAAUGCGUUUAUGGUGUGGUCGCGGGGUCAGCGGAGAAAAAUGGCACAGGAGAACCCCAAAAUGCACAACUCCGAGAUAAGCAAACGCCUCGGGGCGGAAUGGAAACUUCUGACGGACGUGGAAAAGCGGCCAUUCAUCGACGAGGCAAAACGAUUGCGCGCCGUACACAUGAAGGAAUAUCCCGAUUAUAAAUAUAAACCUCGGCGCAAGACCAAACCUCUCCUCAAGAAGGACAAUCUCGUAGGCAAAUAUCCUCUCGCGGCCGGCAACCUGUUGGCAUCCGCCGUGGCACAGGGACAAGGUGGGAGCCCGAGAAUGGACGGUUAUGGCUGGGGCCACACGGGUGGUUACAUGGGCAUGCAGGGGGAAACUCUGGGAUACCCGCAGCAACUGCACCGCUACGAACUGUCAGCUCUUCAGUACCCCUCAGCACAGACAUACAUGAACGGCGCCAGCUCUUACAGCCAAAUGUCCUACAAUGGCAGCCCUCAGCAGCCCAGUCCAGUGAUGUCUAUGGUUAAACCUGAACCCCUAUCCCAUUCCCCUACUGGAGCACCAAACCACCACCGUGGGGCUUUCCAAGGGGAACUGAGGGACAUGAUCAGCAUGUAUAUUCCAGGGGGUGACAACAGUGAUGGCUCAAACCAGAGGGCCUACCCUGGUGUCCAGCAGCACUAUCUUGGUGGAACUGUUCCCCUCACUCACAUCUGAAGUUUGGGAAACUAGCUGGACCCUUACAGGGACCACUGUGCCACAUAUAGCCUUUAUGGAUUACUGAUGGAUGAUUAGAACACUUUUGGUCAUUUGCUACCUCCCUUGAAGUAUGCUGAACUUUCUAUAGAAAAUGUAGAUGUACUGUUCUCACUAUCUUUCACACCUCUCGAACUCCUAAUUUCUCAUGAUGGACAUUGUCAUUUUGCCUUUUUUUAAAUGCACACUUUUUUAUGCAUCUGUAUUAGGACAUCUCUGUGCUUUAUCAUACUAAUAUUAGAUUUUACAGUGUUCUGUUGUGUUCUGUGCAUUGUUUUGAACACAGGCUGUUUAUGAAGCAGUGGGCAAUCAUGAUCAGAAAUCUAACUUGGGUACAGAACAGGGCAGAACAUUGGGCACUCUGAAAACAGGUCAGCCAGUUAUGCUCGCAAUGGCCAGUGACAUACAAUCCAUGUGAGGAGUGUGAGAACUAGCUUUGUUUUGUGAACCCUGAUUUCCCUUGUAUGCCCAAACCUGCUUGACCCAUCACUCCGCUACAUACUGUGCCAAGUUGACCUUUUUAAAGUCUUUUUUUACACUGUAUGUUUAGUAGUAUGGGAUGAUACAGUGAAGUAUUUUGGACAAUCUCAGGGUUUUCUUCACAGAAAUGGGAGAAUGACAGCAGCUGUAACAUUGCCUCAUCUAUUUAGAAAUAUUUGGAACUGCUGUCCAAUUUGCAAUUGAGAUCGGACAGUCAUUUAAUUUAGCUGUCACUAGCUGCCUUUAAGUUUUCCUCUUAACUGAUGGAUCAUCUUAUUCACCAUAUCAGUGUGAGCAUGCUUCAUGUUUGUGAAUUCUGUUGUAGUCUCCAAGGAAAUUGCACUCCUAUAAUUUUCUUUUCAGCCAUAUUUUCACACUGCUAAAUGUUGAGUUUGUUUUGCUUAACAUUUCAGCCUUUCCAUCUUAUGGGUCAAACUCUGAUCCACUGAAGGUGCUGAUCUUCACUCUCAGUCAAUGCACUUCAUUAGAGUAGACUAUUUAGACUAUUUAUAGACUAUUAGACUGUUUAAUCUGGUCUUUCUCAUUCUGCCAUGGCAUUAAGCACAGAAUGGUUGAUCAGUGUGUUCAAUGGAGAACACUUGACUGAUUAUUUUUGAGCAGCAUGGAUUUUGUUGUACUGUGGUCUUGGUAAUUCCUCAAAUCCUUGCAGCAAAACGUUUAAAAUGCUUAUGUCAAAGUCUUGGAAUUUGUUUUAAAAUCCGUACGUUUUUUUUUUUUAAUUUUUUUUUUUUUAAUGGCAGUCGAAAAUAUAAGUUUGUCAGUCUGAUGUAUGACAAUUUUAAAGCUGCGGUCAGUUAGUUACUAAUGUUUUGGUCAGUUCUGUGGUAAUUUAAGAAUGAAAUUCAUGUUUACAUUGCCAUCGAAGUAAGUUUACAUAUUGCUGUUUAAAUAAAAAAAAAAUAAAAAAAGAUUAAGUGGUUUUAAUCUAGUUAAUAAAUAGCUUUAAUUUUUUGUACAGUGUAUAUUUCUUGAUUUGUGUGGCUCUUAUAAGGGCCAAUUUUACAGAAUUGGAAAAACCCCCACAAAAUAAAAAUGACAUCAAUGACACA